GAACAUGAAUGCCUUGAAUUUCCACGGCACGUGCAGCGGUGGAGUGUUUCCCGUCCAUCACUCAAACUCUGCGCUUUUCAACCACCACCAGCAGAUGGCGCAGCAGUACCACAUUUACACCGCAGCCGGUCCCACGGUGCACGCGCUGUCUGUGGCUGAAAGACUGGCAGAGCUUAUUCUAGAGGCUCGCUAUGGCAACUAUCAGAAGCAGCGUCGCAGCCGCACAGCUUUCACUGUGCCCCAGCUGCAAGCUCUGGAAAAAGCCUUCCAACAGACAAAGUACCCAGAUGUCAGCAUGAGAGAGAGACUGGCUGUCUGCAUCAACCUGCCUGAGGCUCGCAUUCAGAAUAACUUCUGUUACCUUCAUGAUGUCAUGCAGGUGUGGUUCAAGAACAGGAGGGCAAAGUUCCGCAAAAGUCAGAGAUGCUCCCUGUUCUCUAGAGACCAGCACAGUCUGGAGGAAGCACUGCAGUGCACCAAGGUGGAGGAAGAGGAAGGGAGGACCGCAGACAACAAGGACGUCACUACAAGACACGGGCAAAGCCACAUCCUUCCUUAUCCACCCCAGCUUUCUCUGGGUGAGAAAGACCGUUCGACGGCAGCAGACUUUGAGGUUGCACGGUGCCCUGUCCAGUUGCAUUCUCCUCCACUUUUCCCAUUUGUGACAGCGGAGCGAUAUGGCCACCAGCCUGUUUUAGGACGGCUUUCCCCUGAGCUCACUGGCUCCUCGGUCUUCUGGCCGGUCAUGCAGCAGCACACCGCUGCCCUGAGUGUUUUGCCGUCAUCGCUUCAUAAGAACUGUGGCCUCUCCCUUCAGAUGGCUUGUUCCAGUAACAGUUUGCCUCACCCUCACCUGGGGGUGUAAGUGCACACCUGUAAAUAUGAUCAGCAGGUCAGGAGUUCAAGUUUGUAUAGACCUGAAGCACAGAGGUGCCUUCUAUCUCAUGUAAGCUUGACUACAAGCAGAGCACA